AAGCAGUCCAGACGUAGCCUCUGGCCAGAACGGACCUAGCUUGUUGUCUCGUCAUAUUGGUGACCCGAACACUUUUAGAACACUGCCGUCUCGCGCCGGUUCCCUCAAGCCAUGUCCCACGGCGAUCCACAGGCCCCGGCUCAGCCCCAACCACCAUCUCUGGCAGGCGUCGCCGUCAAGCUUCCACCUUACUUCGACCGUAACCCGGCAGUCUGGUUUCUUCAAGCAGAGGCCCAGUUCAACCUUGCCGGCGUGAGCUCACAGCAAACCAGGUACUAUCAUGUCAUAUCAGCCCUUACACCUGCUGCUGCAGAAGAGGUGUAUGACAUUCUUGCGGCCCCUUCACCCACAACCCCUUACGAUCAGCUGAAGAAAGCGCUGCUCCAGCGAACCACGGCUUCUGACCGAUCUCGCAUCCAGCAACUUCUAUCUGCUGAGGAGCUGGGGGAUCGUCGUCCAACACAGCUUUUAAGGCGCAUGCGUCAGCUGUUGGGUUCCCAGCCGACAGCGACCGACGACACCUUCUUCCGUGAACUAUUUUUGCAGCGCUUGCCGCAGAAUGUGCAGAUGGUUCUAGCCACUGCCUCUGACAUGUCCCUGGACAAACUUGCCGCCCUGGCUGACGCUGUGUUUGAGGUCGCCAACCCCGCGGUUUCUGCAGUCAUCCCCGCCACCUCUGCACAGCCGUCGCCAUUACCACCGACGCGGCCGCCGCAUUCCUCUGACGUUGCGGAACUUUGCCGCGAGGUCAAGAACUUAACCGCACUUAUUGCCGCCUCCCAUGUCUCGCCACACGUCCGCGAUUCCUCUCGCCGCCGUACAAGUCGCAGUCCUCGUCGUUUCCGGCACCGUUCACCGACUCCACGCGAUUCCAGCCCAGCUCAUACAGUCUGCUGGCACCACCGGAAAUUCGGGGCCGAUGCACGGCAUUGCUUCCUCCCAUGUUUGUGGCAGCCGGGAAACCCUGCCGUGGACCAUUGAUGGCGACCGAUGGCCCACAUCCUUCGUCCAGUCGCCUUUUCUACAUCCGGGACAUCACUUCGGCACGACGUUUCCUGGUCGACACAGGUGCCGAGGUGAGCGUUAUUCCCGCUACCAAAGGAGACCGACGGAGCCCUGUCAUGUGCCAUCUCACAGCGGUUAAUGGCUCACAAAUCCCUGUUUUUGCACAACGUUCUCUAACGCUAAGCCUUGGCUUGCGCCGCACAUUUCGCUGGGUGUUCCUGGUGGCCAGUGUCUCCCAACCAAUCCUGGGCGCCGAUUUUCUGAACCACCAUCACCUCUUAGUGGACAUGCGUAACC